UUUCGCAAACGGAACUCGGCAACGACAUGUAGAAUUUCGAUUUUUCUGCUAGGCGACGAGCACGUCGGAGCAGCCGAGGUGGUUUUUGGUGAAAGCUGACGACUUCGAGAGGGGAGAGUAUAUAGGCCGCGGGUCGUUUCAGGUAUGCUCACAACUAACGCACUCACCAAAGUCGUCGGUGUCUUUCGAACGAGUAUCAAAUAUCUGACAAUUCGAAAUACCGAGUAUCGACAAUUUCUUUCUCCGAUCGCGAAAGAAAAAGAAAAGGAAAAUAUAUUUUUUUUCUUCGCUCUCGAACGUUUCGGUCAGUCCCAGGAGGUGGGGCAGUCAUUAGCAAGGAAGAGGAACGUAGUCUAUAUAUAAGGGAGGACACGCGGCAAGAAGAAGUCACAAGUGCCAAGUGUGUGUGCCAAUAGGAUUAUAUCGAGCUAUUUGCUGAAUCACGAAGAGUAAAAAAGAGAAGACACGCACAUAAUGGAGAAGACGUGGCGGAAUAUACGGAAGACGGCUUUUCUCUUAUUGCUGCCCUUACUAUUGGCCAAUGUACGAAGCGAAGCACCAUUGGUGGACAGCAGCGCGUUACCUUUGGAACACAGGUCUGUUUACGGGGCCCCGGCUCAAUAUGGCCCACCAGCCACCCAUGAGGAGAAUUGGCCGCUGGCGUCGCCCGACACUCCACAAAUCAAGCAUCUGCAAGUGCAGUGCGAGAAGACGCACAUGCGAGUGAACAUCGAGUUUGAUCGGCCGUUCUACGGGAUGAUCUUCAGCAAGGGUUUCUACUCGGAUCCGCAUUGCGUGCAUCUGAAACCCGGCACCGGCCAUCUAAGCGCGACCUUCGAAAUCUUUCUCAAUUCAUGCGGCAUGAGUUCGUCGGCGAACCAUAACGUGGCAGCCUACGGCGCCCCGACGCCGUCCGGUAGUUAUGUGGAGAACACGAUCAUCGUGCAAUACGAUCCGUACGUGCAGGAAGUGUGGGAUCAGGCGAGGAAGCUACGUUGCACAUGGUACGACUUUUACGAGAAGGCGGUCACCUUUAGACCGUUCCAGGUCGAUAUGUUGCACGCCGUCACCGCCAACUUCCUCGGCGACAACCUGCAGUGUUGGAUGCAGAUACAAGUCGGCAAGGGUCCUUGGGCCAGCGAGGUGUCCGGCAUCGUCAAGAUCGGACAGACUAUGACGAUGGUAUUAGCUAUCAAAGACGAUGAGAAUAAGUUCGAUAUGUUGGUGAGGAAUUGCGUUGCCCACGAUGGCAAGAGGGCACCGAUUCAACUGGUUGAUCAAUACGGUUGCGUAGUCAGGCCGAAGAUUAUGUCAAGGUUCCAGAAGAUUAAGAACUUCGGCCCGAGUGCGUCCGUAGUUAGCUUCGCCUACUUCCAAGCCUUCAAGUUCCCCGACAGCAUGAACGUUCACUUCCAGUGUGUGAUUCAAGUCUGCCGGUACAAUUGCCCUGAGCCCAAGUGUGGACAUCCUGGCCUCGAGUACGGCGCACCUGGCGGCGGCAUUACUCACGAAUAUGGCGCACCGGUCUCACAAGGUCUUUCUUCGGAAUACGGUGCCCCGCCUGUGCCCGAAUAUGGCGUGCCGCCAGCUUAUCCUGAUCCGCGACAUCCCAGUGGACCGGCCGGAGCGUACAGCGAGCCGAAUCCGGACGUGGUUCCGGCACCGCAAGCACAGACUUCGUCCUCUUCGCCUAGCUCGACGCCGGGUGACGCUACGGCGAGCAGCUCACCCCAAAGUCCUCAGGAUAAUAUCCACUUACCUCCGCCUCCUCUGCCCGGCCAUUCGGCGACGUAUCAGACUGUGAAGCGAAAAGGGACCGCUGGCACGGAAGAACUUGAGGGUAAUCUGGCCAUCCUCGGAGGUCGACCGAGGUCGGUUGAAGGUUUCCCGGCUGAGCUCAGAGGUGCUAGGAGGCGAAGGCACGGCGAGCCACACGAUUUGGAAGACGACGAUAGCAAUAUCUAUCACACGGUGACCCUGUUCUCCACCCACGUGUACAAACGAGCGGCGCAAGAGAUGACAGACGUGAACACCUCAAGGGUUAUCCAAGUAGUCGCGCCGGGUGACGUCAAUUUUGCGCUGGGCACGACAAACUCUAGCAAUGACACCACCGUGGUCAUACAGAACGCUAGCGCGUCUACCGAUCCGGAGACGAUUUGCAUGAGCUUGCCGGGUUUCGUAGGCGGCCUGGUGAUGCUGUUGCUGGUCGUCGUGGUGGCUUCUCUCGUCGCGGCCUUCCUGUUCGUCAGGGUGCGCGCCGUGGACCGCAAGAACGCCGCGUUAGGCGGUAACAGCUUCGUUCAUCCGGCAUAUGCGACCGAAAACUGCAGCGUGCCGAAUCCAGAGUUCGUGAAAGUCGCCAACUGAAGUGGCGUGUACGGUGCGCAUAAUCAAAAAAACUCGCUGCAGGAGAGAAGAAAGAGAUCCCCCUCCGGAGGAUCGUCGACCUCGGGCGAUGCUUCGGGCAAUGCUUCGGGACCAACGCUACGUUAUUUCAUCCGAAAUAAAACUCGAGAUACAUACCAUCGGAGAUUCUCCUCGUCGAAAAUAGGAAUCGCGUUUCUUUCCUCUCUCUC